UCUCGCCGUCUUAUGAUAAUUUCACCAGUUCGUGUCACAACAAAAUGAACACUCACACGCACAAACAGUUGAUAAUGUUCGAUGCCAGUAACAGAAGAGAUUUCUGAUGUUGUCUCAAAACCCUAACCCUAACCCUAACCCUGAUUUGUUUCUAUUAUUAUUAAUUUUUUCUAUGAAGUUGAAUGGAAUCAGAGAAAAUUUUACAAAACCCUAGAGCUUCACCUUCACUUGCUUUCAGUGCCAACAUUAACAGUAAGGCGAUGCCAAAUGAGCUGGCGCAGAAGCCGCCGCCGCCGCCGACAAUGAUGGAAAAGUUUCGAGCGCUUUUGAAGCAACGAGAGGAGGAAGCUAGGGUUUCUUCGGCGGCUGCGGAUGGUGACGCCGUGUUUCUCAGUACGGACGAGGUUGUGGAGCUUUACGAGAUGAUGCUGGCCGAACUCACUUUUAAUUCGAAGCCGAUUAUUACUGAUCUUACGAUAAUUGCUGGCGACCAGAGAGCCCAUGGGGAAGGCAUUGCUCACGCAAUUUGCGCCAGGAUUGUCGAGGUCCCAGUUGACCAGAAACUGCCAUCUUUAUAUCUUCUGGAUAGUAUUGUGAAGAACAUUGGCAGAGAUUAUGUUAGGUAUUUCUCUUCUCGUUUACCUGAGGUAUUCUGUGAAGCAUACAGGCAAGUUCAUCCUAACCUUUAUCCUGCUAUGCGACACCUGUUUGGAACUUGGUCAACAGUGUUUCCACCUUCAGUCCUCCAGAAGAUUGAAACUCAGCUGCAGUUUUCUCCGCAAGUUAACAAACAAUCACCGGGCUUGAACUCUUUGCAGGCUUCUGAGUCACCUCGACCAACACAUGGCAUACAUGUUAAUCCUAAAUACAUACGUCAAUUGGAGAAUUCAGCUCCAGAUAAUAAUAUUCAGCAUGUGAGAGGAACAUCUUCAAGUGUAAAAAUAUAUGGUCAGAAACCUGCCAUUGGAUAUGAUGAAUUUGAUGCUGAUCGUGCAGAGGUUACAUCAUCGCAUGUUGGAGCCCAAAGAUUGAAUUCAAUAGGUAGUGUUGGUCGUGCUGCAUCUUUUGCCCUUGGAGCGAAUAAGCUGCAUCCUUCUUCAACUUCUAGACUGGCGAGACCCUUGUCACCCUCAAGAAUUGGAUCUGAUAGAAUUUUAUUAUCUGAGGGUGAUGAAUUUGCAGUAGAAAAUUCUCCUAGACGGCUUGAUGUGGCUUCUCCAUCGCAUCCUGUGUUUGAUUAUGGAUUAGGCAGAGCAACCAGCAGAGAUGAUGAGAUAAGUGAAUGGCGGAGAAAACAAUAUUCUGAUGAUAAUCACAAAAGAUUUGAAACUUCUACUUCUUACAACCUUAGCAAUGGACGUGAGCAUCAGGGGCCUAGAGCUUUGAUAGACGCAUAUGGAUGUGACAGAAGAAUUUCAAAUAAUAAACCUCUGCAGGUUGAACGCCUGAAUGUAAAUGGAAUGGGCAAUAAGGCAGCACCAAGAUCAUGGCAGAAUACUGAAGAGGAAGAGUUUGAUUGGGAAGAUAUGAGCCCUACAUUAGCAGAUAAUGGCAGGAAAAAUAAUUUCUUGCCAUCAUCUGUUCCACCUUUUAAAAACACUAGUGCAAGGCUUGACUUAAGAAAAUUGGGUGCUGGCACAUUGGAACCUGAUAUUAGGAGCAAUCACUCCAGUCAGGCGCAGCUACCGUUGAUGGAUGAUUCUUCUACAAUUGCUGAAGAGGCAGUCUCUGCGCUUGGUUCUGGCCGUGGAUUGACAAUUAAGAUAUCUGGCUUUCAACCUGAGCCAAAUCAGAAUUUGGGUCCACGUUAUCCACAUGAAGCGUGGAAUAUGCCACAUCACUUCUCUCGGUCAUCACACCCUCUGAAUUCCAGGAGAGGGAGGGGAAGGGAUUUCCAGUUGCCCUUUUCAGCAGGUUCUGUAUCUUCAUUGGGUGCUGACAAAAUGGCUCCAUUUGUUGACAAGCUUCCUGAUGUUGAAUCACAGUUCGUCAGGCCCCCUGCAGUUGCUUCUAGGAUAGGUUCUUCUGCUCUGGACUCAGUUAGUGCUGGGGCAUGGUCAGCCUCCAUAUCGUCAUCAGCUGGGGUAUGGCCUCCAGCAAAUGUGCAUAAGUCUCAUCCACCACCUGUUCACCCUGUGUAUUCACUGCAGAAACAGACCCGGAGUCAGUAUGAUUCAACAAAUUCUGCCAGUAAUGUCAUGAAUCAAGGUCCAAAUAAGUUGUUGUAUAUGCCUGAGCAGCAAUUUAAUAGUUCUGAGGGCAAGGAGCUAAGUUUGCUGAAGCCACCACAAUUGCAUGAUCAACAUGCUAAUUUGAACCAGCAAAACCAGGCCCAACAACAAUUCCUUCCUUCUCAGGAGGCUCACAAUAACUUUCUUCCCUCUGUCACAGCUUCAGUCCCACCUCACCUACUGGCACCACCAGUGAAUCAUGGGUACAAUGCUAUCAUGAGUAUGGUUCCAUCAAAUCCAGUUCCUGCGGUGCAAUUACCUUUACCAAUCCAAAAUUUUCAGAACAGCUCCUUACAUUUGCAGGGGGGAGCUUUGCCACCUCUUCCUCCAGGCCCGCAUCCAUCUUCUCAAAUGAUACCCAUGCCUCAAAGUGCUGGCCUUGUUACCCCUGGGCAACCACCAAGCACUGCAUUUUCUGGUUUGAUUAAUUCUCUCAUGGCUCAAGGAUUGAUCUCAUUGACAAAACAAGCCUCUGUACAGGAUUCUGUUGGACUGGAGUUUAAUGCUGAUCUUCUUAAGAUCCGCCAUGAGUCUGCAAUAAGCGCCCUAUAUGGAAAUCUUCCAAGACAGUGCACCACUUGUGGCCUACGGUUCAAGUGCCAAGAAGAACAUAGUAGUCAUAUGGAUUGGCAUGUGACUAAGAACAGGAUGUCCAAGAAUCGAAAGCAGAAACCUUCUCGCAAGUGGUUUGUAAGUGCUAGUAUGUGGCUCAGUGGUGCUGAGGCAUUGGGUUCUGAUGCAGUUCCUGGAUUUUUACCCACUGAGACCAUCGUGGACAAGAAGGAUGAUGAGGAAUUGGCUGUCCCUGCUGAUGAAGACCAGAAUGUGUGUGCAUUAUGUGGAGAGCCAUUUGAUGAUUUUUAUAGUGAUGAGACAGAGGAAUGGAUGUAUAAGGGGGCUGUCUACAUGAAUGCACCUGAUGGGCCUACAGCUGGCAUGGAUAGGUCUCAGUUAGGUCCUAUAGUGCAUGCUAAAUGCAGAUCGGAGUCUACUGUGGUUCCCCCUGAAAGUUGUAUACAUGAUGAAGGGGGAAAUACUGAAGAGGGUAGUCAGAGAAAAAGAAUGCGGAGUUAGCUUCUAGUAGACGGCUUCAAAAUCUUUUGUAACUUACUGAGUUUGUUAGUGGUAAGCUCAUAAUUUCGAAUUAGUUGGAGAUUGAAGUACCUUGGCUUUACGCCAGAAUCAUGUACAUGUAUAGUUGGAUUUGUAUCAUGCACAUUAUCUUGCAGAAAAGCUUACAAAUUCUCUUGCAGAAAAGCUUACAAAUUCUCUUGCAGUCUUACCUUUUUAGCUUGUCCCGUUGUCAAAACUCCUAGAGGAAAUAUAGACCAUUCUUUAUUGUGUUAACAAGUUAUUGUUGGGGUUUAAAGAAUGAAAAUGUGAUGUGGGCGUGGGCAUGGGAAGUAGUUUUGCACUUUUAACUAGAUAGAUGAAUAAGAAAAGGGAAAGAAGGGGGGUGUUCAAUGAAGUUUAAAGAAGCCAUUUAAACUUUGUUCUGAGGAGUUUCUGCAAAAUAUGUUUUCUUUGUUUUGUUUUGACAUUGUGUAGGGAUGUACAGAGAACUUAUUCUGGUUACAAGAUUCUGUGCAACGACCUCUUUCUCAGUUUGUUGCAACUGAUGGAACCAACAGUGAUCACUGUGAAAACUCUUGAAGUUACUUUAUUUUUUUAUGAUCAAGGUUAUCGUACCUCGAAUUUCAGUUGCAAGUUGUUUAAAGUGGAGCAGUUUAUUUUAGUUUGUUGUUUUGAUAUUAUAGAAUUUUACUUGUUAAUCAGAACAUAUGUAGUUGCUUCCUUGGUCAAUACA